GAAGAAGUGUCUCCCGUUUCCAUAGGCAACAGAGAAACUCUAGAGUUUGUUUUUCUUUAUUAAAUUUUACUGGAACAACGAAAAGAGACGUUUAUUAUCUUCAGAGAAAAUGGAUGGUGUUGAGGAGACACUGAAGAGGAUUGAAAGCAAUGCAAGUGUGGCAGGAACAAUAGUUCUCAAUUCAGAAGGUGUUCCUAUCAGAUCAAGUUUUGAUAGUGGAACAAGUUCUCGGUAUGGAAGAGAAGUUUCCGAAAUCACUGCAUUGGCAAGAAGUGCAGUAAGAGACCUUGACCCUCAAAAUGACCUCCAGCUUUUGUGUAUUCGCUUUAACAAAAGAGAGAUCAUCAUUGGUGCUGAGAACAACUGCCUGUUGAUCGUCUUCAAAAACCUACCUGAAUAGCUGCAGACAUUUAAACCUUGUCAUACAGUUGUUUCUACUCAAGGGGAUGUUCUAUGUUACAAAACGUUGUUGUUGUUGUGUAUGUUUUAGAAUGGUAUGCUGUGUGUUUUGCCUUGUGUUUUACAUUUCUUUCAUUUAUUCCUGUUCAUAAAAAUGGAUGUGUGAUAAAAUAUUAGUUUUUUUUCUCUCAGACUGACAUUUUCUAAUUGUCAGCUUUUACAGUAUCAGAAAGACGCAACUUUCAAAGCUUCCUCAUUUAAUAUGUUUUACCCAAAAACCAAUCUAUUUUGCGUGAUGGACCAUCAAAUGGUUGUGACGCUGAAGUGAAAUAAUACGCAGAAAUAAAUUGGUUUUACAAAUUA